CGGCAGCAGUGACGUGCGGGCGGAAAAGGCGGGAGAAGUCUGCCGCUUCCACGUCCGCGCACAUGUUAAGAAGAACGGUAGGGCGACAACAUAACGACAAAAAUGGACGACAAGUUAAUAUUGGGUGUGUUUACUUACCCGGAGCUGUACAACGUCACUUUAAACAACUACCGCCACACGGAAAGUCGAACGAACGCCUGGAGGAACAUCAGCACCUCAGUGGGACUCCCGGUGGACGAGUGCAAAAAGAAAUGGAAGAACUUGAGAGACCGCUACUUAAAGGAAGUUCGCCUGGAGAUGCGCAACAAGAAGCAAGGAGAGCUGGGCCAAAGCAAAUGGAAGUACAGACAACUCAUGAACUUCAUUGCUCCGUUUACUGGAUCGAGGAGCAGCGUGGCAGACAUGUGCACUGACGACGACAAUGGCGAGCAUGAAUCUGGUAGCAUGGAAGAUCAAACAACGCCCUCAGAGAAGGCCAAGACGCCACCCAUCAGCAAGACCGCCGGAGGUCAAGCUGACACGAAGCCACUGGCGGGGUUCGUCACGCAGCUCCUCUCUCCUGACACCCAAACGGCCAACAUGCCCCAGGCUCCUCAAACAGGCAAAAUUGGACGCAAACGACGGCCGGUAAAAGACCAUCCCCCAAGCGCGGCAUCCCCGACUAAAUGGGUGGUGACAGAAAGCAGCCAUUCGUUUCCCAGCAGGCCUCGGGACGAGGACGAACUGUUCCUUUUGAGCUUUGUCCCGGCGCUUAAGAGACUGGCUCCUCAGAAGAGAUGCGAGACCAAAAUGAAGAUCCAGCAGAUCAUGUACGAGGCAGAGUUCAACGUGGAACAGAUGGAAUGUCAUGAGAAACACCAUCUGGAAGCACAGGACUGAGCCAGGCUCUUUGGACUUUUAUUUUAAGCAAUUGUCAGAGGUCCCACAGUAGUGGAUUGAAAGUUCGUCUUGUCUUGAUGUUGGAUUUGAGACAGACUGUUUAAAAGUGCUUUUAGUAAGCCCUACUGGGAACAUGCUGUUUUGGGUGUCUGUAGCUUUAAUGCUAAUGAGGUGUGUUUGUCCAGCCUGUCUCCAACAAUCGCUAUUGUCCACUUUAUCCAGAUUUUUAAAUUAUAUAACUCUGCACUUGUCCAAGGUAAUAGAUGUCAUAUCACAACAACCUAACAUUUGCCUAAUGGGGUCCUUUUAAAGCACAUACAGUUGUGAUUUAAGCCAAACGUUUGAGUUAAAGCAUCACUGCUCAACAAAAAGCAUGUAUCUCCACAUUUAGGUAAACUUUUUUUGCACUUUAAAUUAAAGUGACUUAAAAGCAACAGGUUCCAUUUUAAAUGGGAUCUGAAAUAACAUUUCGUUAAAUGUUUUUUUUUUUUAAUUAAUGCAUGCAUUCUAAAUGUUAAUGGAUCUAACAAAAAGUCAUGAUUCUUCUUUCAUUACAACAGUGAUGUGUGGCUUAUGGCUGAAUUCCAUUUGUUCUCUGCAUAAAACAGGCUUUGGUUUAAAGGUUCUGGUACAUUUCACACAUUCACCAAGCAGAAACCGUAUUGUCUAGAUCAGGGGUCACCAACGUGGUGCCCGCGGGCACCAGGUAGCCCCCCACGACCACAAGGUGCCCGCAAGCCUGCUUUUCAUUCAGGUUUUCAGUUAAUAAUGAAAGAAUAAUGUGAGUUGUGGACACCAGCAUUUUGUUAAUGUUCUGGGAAAACAAGCAUAGUCGCUUUGUUUGGGUUUAAAAUAAGCUCUGAAAAUAACUGUUACAAAAAUGAGUAGCUCUUGGCCAUUUUCAUUUUGUAGAAGUAGCUCUCACAAGGAAAAACGUUGGUGACCCCUGCUCUAGAUGGAACACUCCACCAUUAUUCUUAUUAUAAUACAACUUUGUCAAAUCAUAAUGCAUCCAUCAACCCGCAUAAAGAAGAGUUUUUUUUCUGUU